AUGAGUUCUGUGCAUGCUCCAUCAUUUGAUAUCAUGAGGCCGCCAAAACCACCUUGCUGGCGGGAUUUUGUCUUGUCCACUUCUAAAGGCAUUAAUUUUGAUGGACUUGACAUUAGCGAGCAGACAGAACGGAUGCUUGCUGCACGUGCUCCAGUGCAGGAUGUGGUUGAGCCAACCAGAGUGGCCGUAUCCUUGCCAGGAAGUAGACUUAGUCGUCUAGCUAGGCGACCGAGGGCUAGAAUCCACCGCACUAGAAGUGAACAUGUCAUCCAAGCUGAAGAUCUGCCUGAAAGUGAAUUCACAGCAACGCUUGCCAACACAGAUCCCAAAGGGUUACGAGGCCUUGUGCCUGAUGGUCGACUUUAUGUUGAAGAAAAUAACAGACGGUGCCAGAACUGGUUAGCCAGCAUUGAAGCUGCAGAACCACUUGAUAAAGUUGACUAUACAACAGAUCAACAAGCAUCAUUGCCUGCACAUGAUGCUGAGUCAUUAGAUAUAGAAAAACGAGAUAUGAGAACUUUAGGUACGAAAGACAUGGAGAUAGACUGUUUAAGACAAGCAGGAAACUACCUCAUUCCUAUAUAUGAAUCGCAGCAGGGAGUUGAUGUGGAAGUCCCCGAGGAAACAUUUGUUUGGAGUACAGUGGCAAAUACUCGACAACAGUCACCAAGUUUGAGAGAAGAAUCAUGCAGCCCUUCCCGAGAGAUCAAACUGAAAGAAGAAAACAACAAAAUCUCAGGGAAGCUUCAUGACCCACAAACUCUUUUACCAGUUAACUCAAAAAGACUAGACAAUUCUGUUGCACAAAAUUCGUCUUGUGAAGGCAGUUCCACAAAUUUGAGCUCCAGAGUCUUCAAGUGUGGAAAGAUAUCUUGCGGUAAGAAACUGUAUAAGCUUUGCUGUGAUUACGAGGAUGCUGCUUCUUCUUCAUGGAGAGAUGCUGAUAUUCAUGGUGAUAAUGUAAAUGGUGUUGUAGAUAACAAGAAUCAUACAUCACAGAUGCAUAUACAAGGACAUAAUGCUUCCAUUUUCUCUUCUCCUGCACCUUCAAAGUCACGGCCAUAUUCAAGAUCCUCGUCUCUACCAUCUGCAACAUGA